AUGGGCAUAGUGCAAUGGCUCUGGGCCCUUCUAGGGGCUAAGCCGAGAGAGGUGACCGCACCUGAGCGAAAGCUCAAUGCGACGGUUCUGAUUGUCGGUGCAGGAUCGACUGGACUUGCUCUGGCCCAAGGAUUGAAACAGGCCGGUAUCUCUUGCGUCGUGUUAGAGAAGCACACUUGCAUUGGUGCCCACACCCGCGACUGGAAUAUGGGUUUGCAUUGGGGAGCAGAGUCGUUGAGAAGCCUCAUCCCAGACGAACUGUGGAAGCGGAUUCAGUCCGUCCAGGUUGACCCUAGCAUUUCCCCGACUGAGAGUGACGCACUCAACUUUAUCCACGGUUCGACCGGGGAAAUUAUGGCUUCUAUUCCUGCUCCUAUGUUCAACCGUCUACGUCGCCGUAAACUACGAGAAUUGUUGGCAACAGGCCUGGACUUACGAUACGACAAGCGUCUCCAAGCAGUCGACUUCUCCGAGGAUGGUCAAGAUGUCACCGCACGACUAGCGGACGGAUCAUGCCUUACUACAAAGAUCAUCAUAGGAGCUGAUGGAGCCCGAUCAACCGUCCGUCAAUUGCUGCUUCCUGAAACAGGACAAAUCCGCCAGCUGCCCUACUGUGCGACCUUUGUACAAGCACGAUUUAGCGCGGAGCAGGCUCGCUUUUUGCGACAAUUCCAUCCCUUGUAUCUGGCUGGAAUCAACCCAGCCGGACUUUUUGCCUUCUUUGGGAUGCAUGAUGUAGAGAAUCCCGGCCGGCCUGAAACCUGGACAUUCUUUUUCUAUAUAUCGUGGCACUCGGAUUAUCAGGAACAAGAGAGGACAGCAGGAUGGUCCAACGCUCAAAGAUUGAAACAGGUCAAAGAGUAUGCGAAGAAUUUCGCUAAUCCCUGGAAGAGCGCUUUCAAGUGGUUGGACGAUGACCACGAAGUAUGGUACAUGGGAUUAACGGAUUUCGACCCGGGCGCCGAAGACCAUCAUUGGGACAAUCAAGGUGGACGGGUAACACUUGCUGGCGAUGCUGCACAUGCCAUGACAUAUCAACGUGGCCAAGGCCUGAAUCAUUCUAUCACAGAUGCGGCUAAGCUGGUGGAAGCGAUUCGACGAUUUGUAUCAGGAGAAGAGCUUCAAUCCACCGCGGUUUCCGAAUACGAGGAAGAGAUGAUCGCUCGAGCUAGCGAUGAAGUCAGGUUGUCCACCGUCAAUACAGAAAUGGUUCACAAUUGGCAGCAAGUUAAGCAGUCGCCAGUGUUGGCUUCGGGAAUGAAGAAACAUUCAUCCGACGCUCUACUCUAAGCAUGCAUAUUGUGCUACCUGUUAUGCAAAUUCUCGCAGUGGUUGAUAUAAGUUCUUUCAAUGUCCUUCUGUUGCAAUAUUCUUAAUCUGCGAGCCUGCCACUUUCCUUGUCAGGUGUGACUCUUUACAACUCGCUAGACGGCCUGCCUUGGUACCUCGGAAUGAUUUAGCAAGACGG